AUGCGUACAUUUAUUUCCUUCUUUGCUCUCCAAGUCUUUUUCCUCAGUUCUUUCGUUUGGGGAGCACCCACUGCGCACAGGCGGCAGGCCGCCUGCGCAGACGUCAUGGUUGUAUUCGCACGUGGGACGACCGAGGUCGCGCCGAUCGGGAGCGUCGUCGGCCCGCCCCUCCAGUCGGCGCUGGCCAGCGCGCUCGGGGCCGCGGGGAAGUCGCUUUCGUUCGCGGGUGUGAACUAUCCUGCCAACGUGCAGGGGUUUUUGGCCGGGGGAGACCCGCAAGGAUCGCAGGCCAUGGCUAACGACCUCACGAAUGCGGCGAACUCGUGCCCGAAUGCGUCGCUUGUGACGGUCGGAUACAGCCAAGGUGGUCAGCUCGUCCACAACUCGGCCAAACUCGUGUCCCCCGCUGUAUCGUCUCGCGUCAAAGCGGCCGUGAUCUUCGGCGAUCCUGACAACGGCGCUCCGGUUGCGGGCGUCAGCGCGGCGAACACGAACGUCGUGUGCCAUGCCGGGGAUGAUAUCUGUGCGCACGGGGCUCUCAUCCUGCUACCGCAUCUGACGUAUGGGCUCGAUGCGGAUUCGGCCGCUGCUUUCAUUGCGAGCAAGGUGUAGCUUCGCACGAGGACUGGUUUUCUCCGGAAUGAAUUUCAAUUUGUAUGUCAGAUGGCUAAGAAGAACAUGAAUUCAUUGGAUUGAGCUCGUUACAAUUGCCUGAGUUCACUCUCUACAAAUAAGGUUG